AUGGCUCAAAAUUUUUCUAGAAAAACUAUCACAGAAUUUGUUAUUACAGGUUUUGACACGUUUGAAAAGCCAAUGGCUGUUGGUAUUGCUAUAUUUGUAGUAUACAUGCUUGUCAUGCUUGCUAAUUUUGCAAAUAUAUGCUUCAUUAUGUUGGAUCAACGUCUUCAUCAGCCAAUGUACCUUUUCAUCUGCAAUUUGGCAAUUGUAGACAUGCUGUAUUGUACAAGUUCAUGUCCAACUAUGAUCAGUGUUCUUGUAGUUGGAUAUAAAACCAUAUCUUAUGCACCUUGUGUUCUUCAGAUGUUUGUUUUUGGGUUAGGUUUUGUGAUGGAGCUGUUUACUAUUUCUGUCAUGGCGUUUGACCGUUUAAUUGCCAUAGUCAACCCAUUGCGGUACCGUUCCAUUCUGACAAAUUACCGCUCUGUUCUUCUCACUUUCUUGCUUUGGAUUCUGGGUUCUGCCACUAUGGCUGUAUUGCCUGCUACUAUUCUUCCUCUGCCAUUUUGUUACUCAACCCUCAAGUUUAUGUUUUGUGACUAUGGAUCUGUUGUCAGAGCAACCUGUGUUGAUCCAAAUCUAUAUUUUGAUUUGAUGUCAGUCUUAACAUCUGUUGUACUAUUUGGAACGUUCGGAUUCAUCUGUGGAUCUUAUAUUAGGAUAGUUAGUGUUGUUGUCAAAAUGGCCUCAAAUGGUGGCAAGCAAAAAGUAUUUCAUACUUGCUUCAGUCACUUGAUAGUUGUAAUCUGCUAUUAUGGUCCUUCAUUUAUUAUAACAGUUCUCACAAGAGUAGGUGUAGCUUUAACUCUGGAGGAACGGCAUGGGCUGAGACUUGGGACAAUUCUUGGCCCGUCUUUAGUAAAUCCUUUCAUAUACUGUUUUAGAACAAAGGAGAUCAGAAGUAAAAUAUUGAAAAUGGUUUCAAAAGUUGAACCAGCUGAAUAA